AUGGAUGAAAUCCCAAUCCCUACAACUAUACCAGAGGUUGAAGCCCUCAUCCUCUCCCUCUAUCACCCAAACCCCCCAGAAGUCAUCUCUCUGACACAGUCAACCUUGUCCCGGCUUCAGAGCUCUCCACAAGCUUGGCUCAUGGCCCGGGAGCUGCUGAGCUGCCAGGACGACAAAGUGAAGUUCUUUGGUGCCCUCACCAUAAUCAUCAAGCUCAACAACGAGAGUUCUUCCCUCUCUAAUAAUGAUGCGAGCGAACUUCUGCGAGGACUGAUCGGCUGGUACUUAGACUCCUUGGGCCAGGGCAAUGGUCAACUCGUUGUGAGGAAACUAUCAUCCGCUUUGGCAACCUUUUUUCUUCACUUUCAUCGACUAUGGCGCCCAUUCAUUCGGCAUCUCUCCCUUUGCAUCGUAUCUGGCCAAUCUUGCAGCACUGGCAGUUUGGACGAAGCACCUGACACAUUCACCAUCAUUGAGCGUCUCAGCCCGCCCCAGGUUCAAGCAUGCUUCUGGGUCUUGAGUAAUGUAUUAGAAGACAUUUCCAAGUUUGAUUUGAAUUCCGCGAAUAACAUGGGCCUCUAUGAUGCUAUUCUGGAAAACAUGCCGGAUGCCAUCGCUCUCAUGACCCGCGGCAUGUCUCCUCAAUCAACUUCCCAGGCGGCACAUGAAGACGCCAUAAAGUGUCUCCAGUCCUGGGUUUGGUUCGCGCAGCGGGCGUCAUCCCGAGAUACCAGGCUUGUCCAGCCCAUAGGACCUCUUGUCACAGCCGUCAUUGGCUCCUUGACCGUGGGUGAGCUCUACGAUGCUUCUGUAGAGCUCAUGGUGGACUUACUUUCCAACUGUUCGAUAUUCCUGACCGAAUCCCAUGUGCAAAAUCUAGGCGAACUCUUCGAGAGCCCCUGGUUUCAGAACCGCUAUCAAGCCUUGGUGCAGGGAGACUUCGACUUCGAUUCAACCCAGUUUGGUCAGCUUCUUCUCGCAUUCGGCGAUGCUAGGGUCGAGAAGUUAAUGCAGGUUAAUGAUGAUCGAAGCCGCAAUUUAUUGUCAAAUCUCUGCGGGUUGCUUGCUGCCCAGGGCUAUCCUGUAGCAGAGGACAAGAUCUUUGUGCCAGCGUUGGAGUUUUGGUCGACAUUCGCUGAGACUAUGACAGAUGCCAUGUAUUCAGAUGAGGGCGCUGCGACUCCUUGGGUGCCUCAAGCCCUUUCGUACGUCCUUCAAGCGGUGUCGAACGCAUGGCAGAAGGUGGUGUUUCCACCCUUGGACGAAUUUUCUACCUGGGAUUCGAGCGAGCGCAUCGGCUUCCAUGACGCCAGGAAGGACGUCAUUGAUCUCCUCCAGUCUGCAUAUUCGCUAGCAGGGCCACAGCUUGUCGUGACUUUUGCGGACCUUACACUCAAGGCUCUCUCGAGUUCAUCUUGGUUGCAGCUCGAGGCUGCAGCAUUUUGCCUUGGUGGACUUGCAGACUGUGUAGGAGAAGACGCUCGAUGCGAUGAAGCGCUGGCGUCCGUUUUUACAUCACCCUUGUUCUCUGCGCUCCGUCCCGGCGAGCAAGCUAUUCCUCCACGUGUACGACAGACCUGUGUCGCGCUCAUUGAGCAUUACACUGAGUACUUUGAACGCAAUCUCGCUCACCUCCCCCCUGCCCUCAACCUGCUUUUCGUCGUGGUGGGAGAACAUUCCCUAACUUCUGCUGCGGCGAAGUCUAUUCUCAGAUUGUGUUCGUCUUGCCGAAACGACCUACAUCCCGAAGUAGGUGCUUUCCUAGAUGAGUAUCAAAAGCUCAUCGCCGGAGAGCGCUUGGACUGCGGUGCCAGUGAGAAAAUUCUUGGAGGCAUUGCGUCAGUAAUCCAAGCUAUACCAGACCCAAGCCAGAGAUACUCGGCAUGCGCUAGGCUUCUAAGCUUCAUCCAAGCUGAUGUGCAGCGGGCUAUGGAGCUAUUACAAUCACCUCCAGCCACUCCCAUUCCAUGCUUUGCGGGUUCGAGCUGCUCCUAUGCCGCGCCUGACGAGCAUCCUGCACUGCAUACUGCGUUAAAGGCCCUCAGAUGUCUGGCCAGUACAGGCAGAGGGCUUCAGGCCCCAACUGAAGUAUCGGUUGACUUGGAAGGUAAGCGUUCGAGCGAAAGCUCUAACCCGCAGCUGUCUGGGCUCCAGGAAAUCAUCAUCUCUAGCAUCGUUCAACUGCAAGGAGCUUUCAAUACCAGUGGGGAGAUUGUUGAGAUCAUCUGCAGCGUGCUCCGCAGCGGUUUUUCUGAAGUUGAUCCUGGCCCCUUCGUGCUACCACCGCAGGGAGUUGCUCAAUACCUGACGACCCAGACACUGGGCACACCAAGAGUAGGACUCCUGGUUAGCACCGGGUGUUCUUUCGUCAGCUCUUUAGAGCAUGAUGGACUUCAAGGCCAGCACGGGAUGCUCACAACGGUGCUUCUUUGGGUCGUGGGACUCCUCAAACAACUCGCCAACCCAGAGGCCGACCCAGAGCUCUCCCAGAAUGGGAUCGAGUUUGUCAGCCGCCUGAUGUCCAAAUGCCCGGCUAUUCUUCUACGAUUAGAGCCACAAGAUGCUGCUGAGUUCUUCUUCCUUUUCACACUCCAAGUACUGGACGGCAAAGAACCUCUGCCGAAAGCAAGUGCAGCAGAAUUCUGGGCCGUUUUCGUCAACGUCAAGUGCGAUACGACAGAGUUAGAUGGGGCAAUCGCGCAAGCAAUGAAUAUGUUAGGGCCUUUGCUCUCACAGAGUCUAGCACGGAAUAUUGGCGGGAACGCGUCACGGAGUGAGCUGGACAAGCUUACAGAGCCCCUCAAGAAGCUCAUUGUUCGAUAUCCGAUGGCAAAGAGUUGGCUUGAGUCCGGCCUCUCACACUCGUCUUUUCCAAGCACGAGAGUCACGAGAGAUGAAAAAUCUAUCUUCCUUAAAAAGAUUAUCAGCCUUCGGGGAGCUAGGGCAACGAACCAAGUUGUCAGAGAGUUCUGGUUGUCAGCCAGGGGUUCCAACUUUGCCUAUGCAUCAUGA